CAAAACUCGAAUUAGUGUUGUUCAGAACGUGGAGGCGCUAACAUGAAAAGCGACGUAGCGGUACCUUAUAACAGUUGAAAUUAAAAUUGAAAAUUGUUAAGCGAGUUUUCCGGUUCGUGCAGCAAAAUACAGCGAACAGUGCAAAAUAAAAACAAAAUUCAAGAAAAUAAAAAAACUGAAAUAUUUUUUAGAAAGCAAGAAUUGUAAAAAAUUGUGACCAGUAACGACCGCAACUUUUAUACAUCCAUUACGAUAAUUGGGCGCCUCUUUGCUAAAGGCAAUUAAAUUUGCAUGUUUUAUGCACAAAUUCCCAAUAAUAAUAAUCAAAACACUCCCACCAAAUAUACAUAUUACAUAUGAAUGUAAACAGUGAAUACACGAAGGUGAAACAUAAACAAUAAAGCGCAUUGCAAAAAAGAAAAAACAAAAAAAUACCGCUAAUCAGUGAAAUUAAUCGCGAAAAAACUGUGAUACAUAAUUUUUGAACAAUAAAAACAUUGUGUUAGUGACACUGUGUAAAAGCAACAAUGUAAUAUAUAUACAUACAUGUGUAAAUACAUAUAGACAUGUUAGCGUUUCUAUGCACAUACUUACAAUAAAAGACGAAUAUGCUAAAUAUAUAGAGAAAAACGUGCAUUCCACUAGUUCCAAUACAAAUACUAUGACGGCAAUGGACAAAACAACGGAAGUUAAAAACGGCACUGUUAAUAACCAGCCAUACUUCACACAAAAUGGCAACAGGAAUCUAUCCUCAGGCAUUGGGGGUGAACCGUGCGAAAUCAGUACUUUUCGUAGCGCCUUACCACAAUUUUUAGCUGUAAGCGCUAAGAAUAUAUUACUUUUUGUGUAUGGCAUGACGCUUGGCUUUCCCACCAUUGUGAUACCAGCCAUACAGGGAGGUGAUGGACGUGAACCCAGUGAUAUAGUAUUAAAUAGAGAUGAGAUAUCUUGGUUUAGUUCAAUAAAUUUAAUAUGCGUGCCUUUGGGUUGCCUUUUUUCGGGUGUGCUCUCUCAACCGAUUGGAAAGCGGCGCGCCAUGCAGCUGGUUAAUUUGCCGAUUUUGGCUUCAUGGCUGCUCUUUCACUUUUCGACGCGCACCGAGCAUCUGUAUGCGGCGCUUUGCUUGAGCGGUUUGGGGGGCGGUCUUAUGGAAGCACCGGUAUUAACUUAUGUUGCCGAAAUCACCGAACCCAAAUAUCGUGGCAUACUAUCGGCGCUCGGUUCGACAUGCGUCAUUACCGGCGUCUUCAUACAAUUCAUUAUGGGCUCUCUGUUGGAUUGGCGUACAAUAGCUGCUUUGAGUUCAGCAUUUCCGGUUAUUUGUAUAAUUGCACUAUGUUUUGUGCCCGAAAGCCCCACUUGGUUGAUACGUGAGCAUCGUUUUCGGGAGGCUGUGAAAUCAUUGCAAUGGCUACGCGGUUGGGUACCCGAAUAUAAAAUCGAAGCUGAGUUCAAUCGUCUCUACGAGGAAUUGAUCACACAGCCAGCUUUAGAGGAAGCAGUCGAAAAUCACGGUCAAAAACCGUCAAAGUGGACCAGUCGUUUUCGAAUGUUUCGCAAACGUUCCUUUCUUGCACCGUUUAUAUUAGUCACCUUUACCUUCUUCACCGGACAUUUUUCCGGUAAAACGCCACUUCAAACGUACGCCGUACAGAUUUUCCACACACUAAAAGCGCCUAUUAACAAAUAUCAUGCUACGAUAUUGCUGGGGGUUGCCGAGCUAAUCGCAACAGUUUUAUGUGUCUUUCUCAUCCACUUCACGGGCAAGCGUCCAUUGGUUUUGGUAUCUACCAUUGGUGUUGGCCUUUGUAUGUUUGGUACCGCUACCUAUGCCCAUUAUGUCAAGGUUGUACCCGGGUUUGCGGUGAACAAUGUAGUCAUAAAUGCUUCCAAUAUAGUGCCAAGAGAGAAUUUAAUAACGCAAGCAAAUAUUAGUAAAAUUUUUGAAGACGAGCCGUCAGUUUUGCAGCCGCAUAGUUUGAUGAAUGACAAAUUGUUAGAUACAACAACGGUAUAUGCAAUCCUAGAAGAUGUCAGCAUAGAGGCCACAACACUGGUCGCCAUCAAUGGUAGUGAGGAGGCCUUGCAACUUUUGAAUCGCACUAAACGGGAAGAGCAAGAGCUUACCCUAAAUGAUUAUGAAGAUCCUUUGACUUUUGUACAAUUACCCGACUUGGCAUAUCCAGACUCGAAUAAUAGCAGCGAUAAUAUUACUUCAUUUUUAAAUAUUUUCGACUCGGAGGAGGAUGCAGACACCACAACAGUGUCCACGAAUUUAAAGGAAGAAAUCACGACGACUUUGGUGUCAAUUGUUGUUGACGAGCCGGUGACGAAGGCUCCAUCUACAGCGGACAUAACUAGGCAAGUGUUGUUACCACUACCCACACAGGCAACCAACAAUUUGGUAUGGCUGCCACUAAUUUUAUUAUUGGGUAGUGCCUUUUUCGCACAUCUUGGCAUACGCAUGAUACCUUGGAUACUUAUUGGAGAGGUGUUUCCGGCUCCGGUGCGUAGCACUGCUUCUGGUCUUGUCAGUGGUUUGGGUUAUAUUUUUGGAUUUUUGGCAAAUAAACUCUUUCUACAAAUGCUGUCUGCAUUUACAUUGCCGGGCACAUUCUGGUUGUAUUCGGCUGUUGCUUUGUUGGGCGCAUUGCUUUUAUAUUUUACAUUACCCGAAACCGAGGGACGCACUUUACAUGAAAUUGAGGCGCAUUUCUCCAAAAAAUCCAAAACUAAUUUGUUGAAGAAAUCAUGCCGGCUAAAUUUGAAUAACACAGCUAUACAGUUGGAUAAUCUGCAGAAUUUACAAAUCCCUAUAAGCGCACAAACUGAAGCGAAGAUAAUUCAACUUCAACAAAGCGAUUUUGUGCCGCAACGUUUGCAUGUAGCAGGCGAGACCAAUCUUGCAUUUGAAGAGAACAAUACAACACACUUAUAACAGACGGAACAUUGUUAUGUAUAUUAUAUAGUAGAAUUAAAUUUGUACAUAUGUAUGUAUGAGCUAUAAACUUCUAAUUUUUCAAAUGCAUUAUUUUAUGGAUUUAAAAAAGUAUUAUUAUUUGUAAAAAUAUGUAAUUUUGUAGAUACGAUAAUGAGUAUGUUGUAUAUAAAUACUUAUGUAUAUAAAAAUGUGCAUGAAUACACAAGCCUUUAAUCUGAGAAAAGUUUUGAAAAAAUAUGUAAUAAACAUAAAAAAUAUGUAAAAACACUUCUGGGUGAGUCACUCAAAUUUAAGUGUGUGCAAACACCUAAGCUAGAGAGGUUU